GAGAUUCUCAGAUUGUUCCAAAAAAGACAAGACACACGUUCGCCUUAGUUGUCCUUGUAAGCGAAGAAGAUACAACACGAAACCGAUCUGCUUUACUCUUCUUCUUCUUCUUCUCUUUGUUCUCACCCUUGUUGGUGAUUGUUUGAUCGAUCUCUCAGAUAAGGUUUCUCAGGGAUUAGGUUUGCUUCUAUGAGAAGGACACGUUGCUAUUGUUGCUUCAUGUCUAGGUAAUGAAGGCUUUAACUGAUAGAUUUGUUCCUCAACAGUGUUCUUCAUCAAGCAAGAGUGAUAUACCCUCAACGUCUCUAGUUUCAGAUUCAGAACUUAGUGAUAAUAAGUCCAAGUUUACCUUGUGGUCCUCAGAUUCUCAACCGUAUAGGGAGUCUUCUUCAACUUCGAGGCAUAAGCAAGUUUGCGCUAAUGGUUGGACGGCUUUUGUAAAGAAAGUCUCUAUGGCGAGUGGUGCAAUCAAGAGGUUCCAGGACCGUGUUUUAGGGCCAAACAGGAUUGGUCUUCCGAGUACUACAAGUGACGUAUGGCUUUUGGGUGUCUUUUAUAAAUUAUCUGAGGAUGAAGCAUCGGAGGAAACAGAUGAUGGCAGUUUAGUGGCGGCUUUGAAACAUGACUUUUCUUCCAGAAUACUAAUGACAUAUCGUAAAGGUUUUGAACCGAUUAAGGAGACAACCUACACCAGCGAUGUGAACUGGGGUUGUAUGAUUCGGAGCAGCCAGAUGCUCUUUGCUCAGGCAUUGCUUUUCCAUAGACUGGGGAGAUCUUGGAGGUUCAAGAAAUCCGAGCAGCCUGAGGAGGAGUACUUAGAGACAUUGGAACCAUUUGGUGACUCCGAGGCUUCAGCUUUCUCCAUCCACAAUCUUAUACUAGUUGGAGAGUCUUAUGGUCUCGCUGCUGGGUCAUGGGUAGGACCAUAUGCAAUUUGUCGGUCAUGGGAAUCAUUAGCGUGCAAGAAGAGAAAACAAACUGAUUCAGAACACCAGACGCUUCCUAUGGCUAUUCACGUUGUCUCUGGGAGUGAAGAUGGGGAGAGAGGUGGGGCUCCAGUUCUCUGUAUAGAAGAUGUGACCAAAUCUUGUGUAGAAUUCUCGAAAGGAGAGGCUGAGUGGACACCGCUUCUUCUCUUGGUCCCAUUGGUUCUCGGUCUUGACAGAGUGAAUCCCAGGUACAUUCCAUCUCUCAAAGCUACGUUCACAUUCCCUCAAAGCCUUGGAGUUUUGGGUGGAAAACCAGGUGCUUCUACUUACAUAGUUGGCGUUCAAGACGAGAAUGGUUUUUACCUUGAUCCUCAUGAUGUUCAGCAGGUGGUCACAGUGAAUAAGGAAACUAUUGAUGUUGACACAUCCUCUUAUCAUUGCAAUGUCCUUCGUUACGUUCCUUUGGAGUCACUUGACCCAUCACUAGCGCUUGGAUUCUAUUGCCGCGACAAGUGUGACUUCGAUGACUUGUGUCUCCGAGCAACGAAACUAGCUGAGGAAUCAAAAGGUGCUCCGUUGUUCACCGUGACUCAAACCCACAGCUUCAUUAGCCACCACAGCAGCUGCGAGUUCGUGGAGGGUAUAGAUGACAAACGUGAAGAAGAUGACUGGCAAUUGCUUUAAUCAUUAAAAAAAAACAUUUUUUUACAUUUAUUUUCCUAUCAACAAAGACAAUGCUGUACUUUAAAAAAAAACACGUUUAAAUUUAAUCAUAAAGCAGUUUGUGUUUUUCCAUCAGACAUAUCUAUUAAAAUUUUCAGACAUAGAUUGAAGCAUGUGAGAAAGGAAGAGUGGAGAAACCAAAAGGUAUGUCAUCAAUACUACUCCAUUUUCCGACACUCUCCUCCGUCGCUGUCUUCAUCAUCACUCCUCCGCCAAUCAUCACCACCGCGUCACCUCCGUAACCCCCUCCGUAAACUAAGCUUCCGGUCACCGGAAGCUUUACACUUUCAAGAUCAAGUUUCCAUUUCCCUGAAUCAUCUUCAGUCUCCCACUGUAACUUGCUGUCCACGAAACACCAUAACUUAGAGGAGGAGCCUCUAAUAUCUCCAGUUAUGCGGCCUCUAGGGCUAGUAUCAUGAAACGGCCAUACGUUUUCGACUCUUGACCACGUGUUAGUAGCAGGAUCGUAAACUUCUCCGUCGGAACGGAACCUCCCUUGAGACUCUGUUCCAUAACCACUCAAAACACAGAAUCCUAGCUCCGUUAAAUGGGCCGAACAUGGGCCUUUCAUGUCCAAAUCUAAAUGGGCUAUUUUUGGGCCCAUGGCGAAGCCAUGACACUCGUCUCUCCCUUCCGUCAUCGGAGGAAGAGACAACCACUCGUCUCUCACCACGUCGUACACUUCCGCUGAACGUAAAGCGUUCUUCUGAUCGUCGUGACCUCCGGCGACGUAGAUUUUCGUCGAACCUACGAGAGCGCACGCGAAGAAGGAGCGAGGUUCCUUCAUAGACGCUCCUUUUCUCCACCUCCUUCCGCUUCCUUCUCCCGCGAGUUCGAGGACGUAGACGUCUUUCACCGGCUGUAACGUCACCGGGUCCCACCCGCCG